AUGACCUCCGUCGUCAGCGAGAACAUGACCUUGGAGAGAGGGAGGGACCUGAGCAUGUGCAAUGCGGCUGCCGUGUCAAUCUACGCCGACGCGGACAUCACGGCCUUUGCACUGCCACCCGCGAUCCGGGGCCAUUUCACGACCAAAACCAUCCAGGACGCCAUCAAGAAAGCCGUGUUGGCUGGGGCCCAAGCCUUUCUGGCCAUGAUUUCAAAAACGGCUAACUGCCUGGGCCUGAGCAAAGUGACGGACAAAAUCAACUCUGCCGCCAACCUCGCUUCAGAAGCGCUUGCAAAUCUCAUCCCCGAAAUCGGCCUGGACUUGAAUCUAAAGGCCAUUCAGCUGAUGUCCCCUCAGACAUUCUGGUGCAAAGAGGUCUACACGACCCCUGGCUUCGAGGAUGCUCCUUGUGCAGCGGAGCUCGGGUGCAAGACUGCUGGCCGGUCGUACGAACCGCCCGAGCCUGGAAUCGAAGUGCCUCCGCCUGAGCAGGUCAAGGAAAAAGAUCAGCUGACCAAAGAGGCGGCAACAUGCUACGACAUCCCCAUGGGAGAUCACUUUAUUCAGCUUGGGGAGUGGCGCUUGGCUGCCAUUAACUACGAGCACUUCUCGAUCUCGCACAAGGGAACGAAGCAGACGCCGCAGAUCUUCCACAGCGAUGGUACCCUUCACGGCGGUCCUCGCAGUGACUGGGGCGCAUGGCACUUGAAUGCCUUUGAUUCCGGUAAGUCCAACGGAAUCGAUUUCGGAUACCAGUUCAUCCAGAUCGGUCCCUUCCGUCUUGGUGCAGUGGACGACAACCACUUCUCAAUCUCGCACAAGGACGGAAACACCAUUCAGAUCUUCCGAGAUGAUGGGAAGCUGUUUGGUGGACCGCGGACCGACUUCAGCACCUGGGAUCGCCCCGUGGGGAGCCCUGUGGGGAUCACGUUCGGGGACAGGUUUAUGCAGCUGGGCAACUUCCGGCUUGGGGAUGCGGACGGGCACCACUUGGUGGUGUCUCACAAGAACGGAUGGACGUCCCAGAUCUACCGUUUGGAUGGCACCCUGCACCCCGGGCCUCGCACGGACUGGAGCCCGCGCAUUCUGCACCGAUGGCCCAUGGCCUGGACUUGCAAAACCAUCGCAGAGAUGGCCUUCGGACCCUGUGAUUCGGACUUCGGAACAUUUGGUGACCGCUUCAUCCAGCUCGGGCAGUGGCGCAUUGCGGCCAUUGAUGCCACGCAUUUGUCAGUGUCCCACAAGAGUGGCAACACCGCCUACAUCUACCGGGACGAUGGCACCGUUCACCCCGGACCCCGCUCAGAUUUCGGCUCCUGGGGCCGUCCCACCGGCUUCCCCUACGGCAUCACCUUCGGCCCCGGCUUCAUUCAGAUCGGGAACUUCCGGUUGGGAGCCAUGGAUGACACCCACUUCAGUGUUUCUCACCGAUACCAUGGAGGGCGGACGGCCAUGAUCUACAGGAGCGACGCCACCCUUCACCCUGGGCCGCGGGGCGACUACCAGCCCUGGGGCCUCAGUGCGGGGCCGGCCGUUGGCAUCACGUUCGGAGAUCGCUUCCUUCAGAUUGGGAACUUCCGCCUCGGUGAUGCGGACGGAGGACACCUGGUCUUGACCCACGAGAACGGCAAGAUCCUUCACAUCUUCAGAAACGAUGGCCACAACUUCUACCACCAGACAGGCCACGCCGCCAUGGUGAACCAACGCUAUCAGCACGAUCACUGCAGGAGCAUCUAUGCGGCCCUGAGCAGCUGUCCCGGAAUUGCCAUGGGUGAGAACUUCAUGGAGAUUGGGGACUGGCGCCUCGCCGCCAUCAAUGACCACCACUUCUCUGUGUCACACAGGGAUGGCCAGACUCCUCAGAUCUACCGCUUCGACGGGACCCGCCAUCCAGGGCCCCGGACUGACUUUAAUAGCUGGAGUUGGGAGCCCAAGAUGACCGGCUCGCAUGGAAAGGUGCACUUUGGCGACCGCUUCAUGCAAUUCGGCAGCUUCCGGAUGGGUGCUGUGGACGACAACCACUUCUCCAUCUCCCACAACGGCGGCCAGACGAUCCAGAUUUUCCGUUCGGAUGGCACCUUACAUCCCGGACCUCGUCGUGACUUCGGCUUGUGGCACCGCCCGAUUCUGGACGUACCUUUGGGCAUCUCCUUCGGGGAUCGCUUCGUGCAGCUGGGAAAGUUCCGAGUUGGAGACGUGGACGGCGGGCACUUCUCCGUCGCGCACGUGGAUGGACAGACCAUGCAGAUCUUCCGAGCCGAUGGGACCUUGCACCCCGGCCCACGCAGCGACUGGACAACGGCUGGUCGCCCGAUGCAUCAGUGCAGGGUUGCGGAUCUGGAGCUGUAA